AAGUCUCAGGAAUUGAAACAAAGGAGACUGUGUCAGUAGCAGGAUUUCCCACUUCCCUCUCUGUUUCAAAAAAGAGUUGACUUCUUUGGGGGACGAUGCGCGUGGUGUGCACUCUGGGGCUCCUCGUGGGCCUGCUGCAUCUGUCUGCCUCUCUGCUGCUGGGAGCUUUCAACAUCAAGUCCUACGGGGACAAAAAAGCCUCCAACACAACUCUCAUGGAGAUCAUCAGCAAGAUUGUUCACCGCUAUGACAUCAUUCUUAUCCAGGAGGUCAGAGACAAUGAUCUAUCAGCCACCAAAAAACUGAUGGAGCAUGUCAACAAAGUUUCUCAACAGUUUAGUUACAUCACCAGUGAGCCUCUGGGUCGUAGCACCUACAAGGAAAGAUAUCUCUUCCUAUACAGGGAAAAGACAGUGUCUGUGGCUAAAAACUACACCUACGAUGAUGGUUGUGAGCCCUGUGGAACAGACAGCUUCAUUAGAGAGCCCUUUGUGGUCAAGUUCUCCUCCAAACAAACCGCUGUGAAAAACUUUACUCUGAUCCCUCAGCACACCUCUCCAGAUUUUGCUGUGCAAGAGUGUGACGCCCUGUAUGAUGUUGUAACCGAUGUCCGCAAUCGCUGGAAAACCAAUGACAUUGUGCUGUUAGGUGACUUCAACACGGACUGUAGUUACGUUGCGGGCUCAGAUUGGGAACAGAUCCGCCUUUUUACCGACAAAAGUUUCCACUGGCUAAUUCCAAAUGAGGCCGACACCACGGUGUCUCACACUAACUGCGCUUAUGACAGGAUCGUGGUCACAACUGACAUGAUGAAGGGAGUGGUACAUGGUAGUGCCAAAGUUUAUGACUUCAUGCAGGACCUGAAGCUCAGCCACAGUCUGGCCCUGGCUGUUAGCGACCAUUUCCCUGUUGAGGUGCAGCUAACCGGUUCAGCAUCUUCUGCUUGAUUCAAGAUAAUGAAAACUGUGAUUUAAUUCAUUACUAAACUACAAUAAGAACAUUGCAUCACACAAAUGAUUGAAU